UAGCAGCCACCCAUUGGCGCGAAACACAAGGGAAUCACACCGAACUUAGAGGUCCUCUUGAAGAAUGUCACUCCACACAACCCAUUUCGGAUCCCACCAUUCCCUUCUCAAUACACAAACCCACAUCUUUCGUUGUUUUACUUUUGUUCUCUUUCCUUCUUCUUCUUCCCUCAUCCCAUAUCCAAUUUUUCCCAGGAAAUGGAAUUUUCCGGCAUUGUUUUCGACCGUACUUGACUCCAUAUUGGUUUAUCUUGACUUUCGACAGAAGGGUCGUUGUCUUUUGUAUUGUUUGCGACGUAUAAGGUGCAAUUUUGAGCGAGAAGUUCACUUCCUCUCCAGAAUCUCGCUGAAAAUGGCAUUUCCCGAUGUUAUGUUCUACCAUACUUGACUCCAUUCCUGUUUCCAGCUGAUGGGUGGGCUUUUUUUAUGGUUCUUAUGAUUAGAAAAAAUUUUAGCUCGGGGAGUUCAAGAGUUCCGUCAGGUGAAGUUUAUGAAGAAAGAGCUUAUGUGUAGCUGAACUCUGAUCGCAUCUUGAAAAUGGGAACUUCGGUGAAUAUCAUUGUAGGUUCUCAUGUAUGGGUAGAAGACCCAGAAUUAUCUUGGGUUGAUGGACAGGUUUCAAAGAUUAAUGGACAGGAAGCUGAGAUCCAGACGACUAAUGGGAAGAAGGUCAUUACAAACCUAUCAAAGAUCCAUCCCAAGGAUAUGGAAGCUCCUGCUGGUGGAGUUGAUGAUAUGACAAAGCUAUCUUAUCUACAUGAGCCUGGAGUUCUGCAGAACUUAAAAGCUAGAUAUGAACUGAAUGAAAUCUAUACAUAUACAGGCGGAAUUUUAAUUGCCAUAAAUCCAUUCCAAAGACUUCCUCAUAUUUAUGAUGCUCACAUGAUGCAACAAUACAAAGGGGCUCCAUUUGGAGAACUAAGCCCUCAUGUUUUUGCAGUUGCUGAUGUUGCAUACAGGGCAAUGAUCAAUGAGGGGAAAAGCAAUUCAAUUCUGGUCAGUGGUGAAAGUGGAGCUGGUAAAACUGAGACCACAAAAAUGCUUAUGCGAUAUCUCGCCUUUUUAGGAGGUCGGGUAGCUACUGAAGGAAGGACUGUGGAGCAACAAGUUCUUGAAUCAAAUCCAGUCCUUGAAGCAUUUGGCAAUGCUAAAACUGUGAGAAAUAACAAUUCCAGCCGUUUUGGAAAAUUUGUAGAGAUCCAGUUUGAUAAGCAAGGAAGAAUCUCAGGAGCAGCCAUCAGAACUUACCUUUUAGAGAGGUCUCGUGUUUGCCAAAUUUCUGAUCCUGAACGCAACUACCACUGCUUCUACCUUCUUUGUGCUGCACCACAGGAGGAAAUUGAAAAGUACAAGUUGGGAAACCCUAAAUCAUUUCAUUAUCUUAACCAGUCUAAUUGUUAUGAGCUGGUUGGUGUAAGUGACGCACAUGAUUAUCUUGCCACAAGGAGAGCGAUGGACAUUGUUGGGAUUAGCGAGAAGGAACAGGAAGCAAUUUUUAGAGUUAUUGCUGCGAUACUUCAUCUCGGCAAUAUCCUUUUUACCAAGGGGAAGGAAGUUGAUUCGUCGGUUCCAAAAGAUGACCAAGCCAAAUUCCAUCUUAAAAUGACUGCAGGGCUUCUUAUGUGUGAUGCUGCGGCCUUGGAAGAUGCAUUAUGUAAGCGUGUUAUGAUCACCCCAGAAGAAGUGAUAAAGCGGAGUCUUGAUCCUCAAAGUGCAACAGUUAGCCGAGAUGGUUUAGCCAAGACGAUAUAUUCUCGAUUGUUUGACUGGUUGGUGGAUAAAAUUAAUGUCUCAAUUGGACAGGAUCCUAAUUCAAAAUCUUUGAUUGGGGUUCUUGAUAUCUAUGGUUUUGAAAGCUUUAAGACUAACAGUUUUGAGCAGUUCUGCAUUAAUUUCACAAAUGAGAAAUUACAGCAACAUUUCAACCAGCACGUUUUCAAGAUGGAACAAGAAGAAUACACGAAAGAGGAGAUAGAUUGGAGCUAUAUUGAAUUUGUGGAUAAUCAAGAUGUCUUGGAUCUUAUUGAAAAGAAACCUGGCGGAAUCGUUGCUCUCCUUGAUGAAGCUUGCAUGUUUCCAAAGUCAACGCAUGAAACAUUUGCGAACAAAUUGUAUCAGACAUUUAAAAAUCACAAGCGUUUUAUAAAACCAAAACUGUCCCGUACAAAUUUCGCCAUUGGUCAUUAUGCUGGAGAGGUGCUAUAUCAAUCUGACCAAUUUUUGGACAAGAACAAGGACUAUGUGGUUCCUGAACAUCAAGACUUAUUGGGCGCUUCCAAAUGUCCUUUUGUAGCAGGCCUUUUCCCUCCACUUCCAGAAGAGACGACCAAAUCUUCCAAGUUUUCUUCAAUCGGUUCUCGUUUUAAGUUUCAACUACAGCAGUUGAUGGAAACAUUGAAUUCUACAGAACCUCACUACAUUAGAUGUGUGAAGCCAAACAACCUUCUAAAACCUGCCAUAUUUGAGAAUGUCAACAUCAUGCAGCAACUGCGAUGUGGUGGUGUUCUAGAGGCAAUCAGAAUCAGUUGUGCUGGAUACCCAACUCGGCGUCCUUUCUUUGAAUUCAUUAAUCGAUUUGGUCUUCUUGCCCCCGAGGCCUUGGAAGGAAACAAUGAUGAAAAGGUUGCCUGCAAAAAGAUUUUGGAAAAGAAGGGGCUUAAAGGGUUUCAGAUAGGCAAAACAAAAGUCUUCCUAAGAGCUGGUCAGAUGGCUGAAUUAGAUGCACGUAGAGCUGAGAUACUAAGUAAUGCAGCAAAAACAAUUCAGCGCCGCAUACGAACCCACAUUGCUCAUAAGCGGUUUGUUGCACUUCGGAAGGCUACCAUAGUUUUGCAAUCAAUUUGCAGAGGAAGACUGGCUUCCAGACUUUUUGAUUACAUGAGAAGGGAGGCAGCUGCUGUGAAAAUUCAGAAGCAUAUGCGCAAACACCAAGCCAGGAAAACCUAUUGCAAACUCCAUCUCUCUAUGCUUGUCUUGCAGGCAGGUUUAAGGGCAAUGGCUGCUCGUAAAGAAUUCAGAUUUAGGAAACUAACUAAAGCUGCUAUCUUUGUUCAGGCAAGAUGGCGGUGCCAUAAAGCUGGGGUAUACUAUAAGAAGCUUAAGAGAGGCACAAUAAUGACACAAUGCAGAUGGAGAGGAAGAAUUGCAAGGAGAGAACUAAGGAAGCUCAAAAUGGCUGCAAAGGAAACAGGUGCACUUAAGGAAGCAAAGGAUAAGCUUGAAAAACGAGUGGAAGAGCUUACUUGGCGUUUACAAUUGGAAAAACGUUUAAGGACUGACCUAGAGGAAGCAAAAGCACAGGAGAUUGCAAAAUUGCAGAAUUCAUUGCAAGAACUGCAAAACAAAGUCGAUGAAACAAAAGCAUUACUUGUCAAGGAACGAGAAUCUGCAAAGAAGGCUAUUGAAGAAGCACCUCCUGUUGUCAAAGAAACCCAAGUUCUUGUGCAAGAUACCCAAAAAAUAGAUUCUCUAACAGCAGAAGUGCAGAGCCUUGAGGUAUCAUUGGAGUCAGAGAGACAACGAGCCAAUGACUUUGAAAGAAAAUACAGUGAAGCACAAGAGUCUAGCGAAGAGCAACGCAAAAAGUCAGAUGAAACAGAGAAGAAAGCUCAUCAGCUCCAGGAAUCUUUGACCAAGCUAGAAGAGAAGCUCACCAAUUUAGAAUCAGAGAAUAAAGUCUUGCGUCAACAAGCAGUGUCCAUGGCGCCUAAUAAGUUCCUUUCAGGACGCUCCAGAUCAAUUAUUCAGAGAGGUCCUGAAGGCAGUCAUGUUGGAUUUGACGGAAAGGUAGCUUCGGACCUGCAUAGCCCUUCAAUAAAUCAAAGGGAUCUUUCUGAAGUAGAGGAGAAACCCCAAAAAUCCCUAAAUGAGAAGCAGCAGGAGAACCAAGAGUUACUCAUACGAUGUAUUGCACAGCAUCUAGGCUUUGCAGCGAAUAGGCCUAUUGCUGCCUGCAUCAUAUAUAAAUGUCUUUUACACUGGAGAUCAUUUGAAGUUGAGAGAACUAGUGUUUUUGAUCGAAUCAUUCAGACCAUUGGCAAUGCUAUCGAGACACAGGAUAACAAUGAUAUCUUGGCUUAUUGGUUAUCCAAUGCUUCAACACUUCUCUUGCUACUACAGCGCACAUUGAAAGCAAGUGGUGCGGCUGGAAUGACUCCACAACGCCGUCGGUCCUCAUCAGCUACUUUAUUUGGGAGGAUGACACAAAGCUUCCGUGGUGCUCCACAAGGAGUCAAUCUUUCUUUAAUCAAUGGUAACAUAAAUGGUGGAGUGGAUACGCUACGGCAAGUUGAAGCCAAGUACCCGGCCUUGCUUUUUAAACAACAGCUUACUGCAUAUGUAGAAAAGAUCUAUGGAAUGAUUCGAGAUAAUCUGAAGAAAGAAAUUUCUCCCUUGCUGGGAUUGUGCAUCCAGGCACCAAGAACAUCCAGAGCAAGCUUAGUUAAGGGGUCAUCACGUUCGGUUGCAAACAGUGAUGCGCAGCGAGCUUUGAUUGCUCACUGGCAAGGGAUAGUAAAAAGCCUUGGAAGCUUCUUAAACACUUUGAAAGCAAAUCAUGUACCCCCAUUUUUAGUUCGCAAAGUGUUCACACAAAUAUUUUCUUUUAUCAAUGUUCAACUAUUCAACAGUCUUCUGUUAAGGCGAGAGUGCUGCUCCUUCAGUAAUGGUGAAUAUGUGAAAGCUGGACUGGCUGAAUUGGAACAUUGGUGUUAUAAGGCAACAGAUGAGUAUGCAGGUUCAUCUUGGGAUGAGCUCAAGCAUAUUAGACAGGCUAUUGGGUUUCUGGUCAUACAUCAAAAACCAAAGAAAACACUAGAUGAAAUAAGUCAUGAUCUUUGUCCGGUUCUCAGUAUACAGCAGCUAUAUCGGAUCAGUACAAUGUACUGGGAUGACAAGUAUGGCACACAUAGUGUCUCCACGGAUGUUAUUUCCAAUAUGAGGGUGCUGAUGACAGAAGAUUCUAACAAUGCAGUUAGUAAUUCAUUCCUGCUGGAUGAUGAUUCAAGUAUUCCAUUUUCAGUUGACGACUUAUCAAAGUCUAUGGAACAAAUAGACAUCUCUGAUGUUGAACCACCACCACUUAUUCGUGAGAACACAGGCUUUACUUUCUUGUUGCCACGUUCAGACUAAUCACUUUUACUGCAAAGAUGGAUUGGUUUUCUCUUUAUCAAUCUCCAAUUUUGAGAUGUUGAUUUACAAGGCAACCUCUAUUAUGGGUGGAGGCAAUCAUGGGGUUGUAAAUUGUUUAUAAUCCUUUUCUUUACGCUAGAAACAAUUUUUUUUUUUUUUUUCAAUAAUCUUUCUAUUUGAUAGUUCAAUGUUUUAAGCAGGGUUGCCUUUGCUCCCCCAUCUAAUGUAAUAUCCAA